ACACCUGAGACAGAGAGCGAGACAACGAGAAAUUAACGGAGAGAGAGAGGGGGUUGCCAUGAGGGAGGUGGAUGCACAUGGAGGAGGACGACAUCGCAGCAACAGCACCGGAGCGAGAGCUCGGCUGGAAGAUGAGCUGCCCUCAGGUUGAGUUGGAGGAAAAGGAGCGCUCUUCAUCGGAGGAAUUGGAAUGUAAAAUCUGCUACCAGCGCUACAAUGCACACAACCGCCGACCCAAACUCCUGGACUGCCUCCAUCGGGUGUGCGCCCGCUGCCUGGUCAAGAUACUCUAUGGUGCUGAUGGCACAGGCUGCAUUUGCUGCCCGUUUUGUCGCCACCAAACCCAGAUUUGCGAGUACGAGGUAUCGGCCCUGCCCGACGACGCCAAUAUCAUGUCCCGCUUAAGGCCACGCAACAAAUCCUGGAGCUUGGGCCACAACCAGGAGGUGGUCCUCUCCCCGAAGAGUUUCUUCUCGUCCAACCCGUCCCGCGACUCAUCCAAUUGCCUCUUUAUCACCAUCAUGGACGUACAGAGGGAGCCGCAGCGCUUCCCGAGUCCCAACAGCAGCUCCGACUUGGAGCGCAACGUGGAAUCGCUGUCGGCGGGUUCCAAUGGGCAGGCGGACCAGGACUCCCUGACCAAAUUCUGCAACCACGUCCCACGCAUCCUGGUGUGGCUACUGGGCUUCUUGUACUUUGGCUCCCUGCCUCUUGGGAUUUACUUGCUGGUGAUUCAGAGGGUGACUCUUGGCAUCGUGUGUGUCAGUUUGGUGCCGUCCAGUCUCACGGUGUGUCUGGUCUACGGCUUCUGCCAGUGCUUGUGCCAGGGCAUGUGCGACUGCUCCUCCAGGGAAUGAACGCCGGCCAAACAAAACCGGCAGUGGUAAUACGGACGGAGACAAAUACCACCCAUCAGUAGAGUUUGUGCAUUUAGAGGCAGGUCGAAGACGUCCACCCUAACAGGCUCUCAAUGUAUUCCCACAAAAUAGUUAAAGCAUGUACAAUGAAAAUGUACAUUCAUUUCUGGAAGAGUGUGGAUGAUUUGAUGAAUGUGAUUUACUCAAUGGUUCAGACAUUUCCAAUUAAGAUGCUGCAUUUUUAGGAAAAUCACUGUGAUGGUAAAGCCCUCCUAUGUAAUGCUUAUGUUUUUUUUUUUGAACGUAGGUUUUUACCUCAUUUGAUUUUCUGCUGUUCCUGCUAAUAACUACAACUUGGUGACUCAAUAAAUUGAGGAUUUUCUUUUUCUAUAAUCGCCCAUGAA